UUUCACGACACGGAGCCAAUCAACUCUGCCCGCCAGCGCCGGGGUCGUCAACAGAAAGCCGCCCUCUAGGUCUGCACGGCAUUGCAUGGUGAGGCCCAAACCCAGAAGUGAAAAAAAAGGCGAGUCCUCGACUGGGAAAGGAUACCGUGUCUCCCAAGUGUGGCAGGGCAUGUCGCCUGGGCCGAUUGCGAGGCGACUCCGCUCGUCCUCUGGUCGCACGCUCCACAACGAAGGCUCUCACAAGCAUUGAUCCAGUCUCGGGUACCGGUAGCCACAGCGAAGACACUGCCAAACAUUGAUCCAGUUUCGGGCUCCAGCGGAGCAGCCCCGAACCACUGAUUGAGUAUUCGCGGCGCGAGGAUCCAACCCCGAAGCGGUGACUCAGAUGGGAUGGGGCCACGGCCCCGCGGCAUGCCAGAGAGAGCGUGCUCACUUGUGGAGCGGCCUUCAUCGCUGGCGCACCAACUCGGAGGAUGAGGAGGAGGAGAAGGGCCAGUGGCGUGGCGGGGGAGCGAGACGUGGAGGAGAAAAGGGGCAGGUGCAGAAAAUAUAUGAGCUGGAAAGAGGGCUCGCUAGCCACAUUAAGUCUCAAAUCAGAGGUGGCGCGUCCACCGUCUGCUCGGCAGAGCAUUUCUCAAGCAGAAUGGCUCAAGACAUUAGCUGCCGGUAUUCGGGAAGAGCGUCGAUCAGAGAUGAGAUGGGGUGAAGAGGUGGUGCAUGCGGUAAGAUCUGAAAGAUGGCGGUGCAAGCGAUGAGAACUGAAUGAUCGACGCCCACUCGGUAAUUCCCAAAAAACACCUCGGCAAUCGGCGAUAGCAGAUGGCCAACUGCCUACCGCAAGUUCCUAUGGACUAUGGUGAUGGCCGCCGCUGCGACAAAUAACAUAUUUUGAGGAUCCCUUCGGAAUCCAGCGGGCUGCUCGCGGCGGUGGGCCUUGGCACCGUGACGCUCGAGGCGUAAACAAACACAACAAUGAAUUAGCCACACUUCCCUGUGGGCGGUGACGCGGCGCAACUCAUAUGGGCUGUCCGAAAUUUCAAACAAAAAAGUGGAUGGUCCGUCUACCUCCGCGUGCUCUUCUUGGCACGUACGAGUGCCGCGAAGCAUGGACUACCAAACAAGAGGCCAGAACGAGUCUCGCACAAAAAAGUGGAUGGUCCGUCUACCUCCGCGUGCUCUUCUUGGCACGUAGAAGGCCGCGAGGCAUGGACUACCAAACGGGAGGCCAGAACGAAUCUCGAACAAAAAAGUGGAUGGUCCUUAUACCUCCGCGUGCUCUUCUUGGCACGUAGAGUGCCGCGAGGCAUGGACUACCAAACGGGAGGCCCGAACGAGCCCAUUACUUUUAACUCCAAGUGAACAACUCACCAGCAAUACUAAAACGGUAAUCCAUGCUACGGCUCAAACACCUAUGUCAGUACAAGUUCCAACGUGCAAUUCAACUGGUUAAGUGAGAUACGCGUGCACUCAACGGAGGAGGAGGAGGAGAGGAGGGGACGAGAGAGGGACCAGGAGAGAGGAGGGGGAGGAGAUGAGGAAGGACACGCGGGUCGCUGUCCCUUCAAACUGAGGCGC